AGGUUAUCGAUACCCGUUAAAACAUCGAUAAUACUCUGUUGUGUAGCGCUGCACGUGUUCCACAUUUGAUUGGAUUGGUUUGGUGAUUUUGUUGGACUUAAGGCCUUUAAAACCCCACCGGCGCCAUGCAGCACGACGAUGUGGUUUGGAGCAUCAUCAACAAGUCCUUCUGCUCGCACAAAGUCAAGACCGACACGCGCACCUUCUGCCGACAUGAGUACAAUCUCACGGGUCUGUGCACCCGGCGCACCUGUCCACUGGCCAAUUCACAGUAUGCCACCGUUCGCGAGGAGAAGGGCAUCAUCUAUUUGUUCGUGAAGACUGCCGAAAGGGCCCACAUGCCCAGCAAACUGUGGGAGCGGAUCAAGUUGUCCCGCAACUUCGAGAAGGCCAUCGAACAGAUCAACGAGAACCUGGUCUUCUGGCCCAAAUACAUGAUCGCCAAGAACAAGCAGCGUUUCCUCAAGAUCACGCAAUACCUGAUGCGAAUGCGCAAGUUGAAGUUGCGCCGCCAAAAGCUGAUUGUUCCGCUGUCCACGAAGAUCGAAAGACGUGAGGCGCGCCGCGAGGAGAAGGCCUUGGUGGCCGCCAAGAUCGACAACCACAUCGAGAAGGCCCUGAUGGAUCGUCUCAAGCACGGCACCUACCGGGACAUCUACAAUUUCUCGCAGACCGCCUUCAACAAGGCUUUGGAAGCGGAACGUGUGGACGAGGAGGAUGAGGAGCUGGAGGACGAGGAGGAGGAGGAGGAGCUGGAGCGCGAAAUGGAGGUGGACGCCGACGAUUCCCGCGAAGCUGUCGAGCUGCAGAGGGACCUGCUCGAGGAGGAGUUCGUGGAGGCCGACACGGAUGAUGACGAAGACGAGGACGACGACGAGGAGGAGGACUAUGACAGCGAUUCCGGACGGCGGGAGGAGGUCGAAGUGGGCAGCGAUUUCGAAGACGACGAGGACGAUGAUGAUCCGGAUGCAGAUGAUAUUGAGGACAUCAAAGUGCCCGCCAAAAAGUCAGCCAGCAAAUCGAAGAAGGACAAGAAAUCGCCGGCGCCCAGUCGUCGCAGCCGCUCGAAACCCAAACUGGAGCUGGAGUACGAAUACGAAGUGGAGAAUGAGGUGGAGGCACAGCGGCAGAUGCGCCAUUAGCCAGGUCCAGACUAUAUUCCCCAUGCACCCCCACAUAGCUGUUAACGCUUAUUGUUUAGCCAACUUUAUAUGUAAUGCCCGUAAAGAGAGAAGUAUUUUAUAUAAAACAAAUCGAGACAAAA